UAUAUAGAAAAUAUAAUCAAAUGAAAAUAAAUAAAUUAAAAUGAAAUAUACAAAUAUGAAUCAUAAUUAUUUAACUAAAAAUGAUUUUCAUAAAAUAUGUCGAACUUGUUUAAAUUCUAGUGAGAAUAUGACAUCUGUCUUUGAUACAGAAGUUCUCAACAUGUUAUCGCAGUGUACUUCCUUAACGAUAAGUUGUGACGAUGGAUUACCUCAUCAAAUCUGCUCAACAUGUUUUACAAAAACCGUCGAUUCAUUUUCAUACCGGCAACAAUGUGAACAUUCCGAUCAAUUUUUACGUCAAUUAUUAAUCAAAAAUGAAGGAAAAUUCACAUCAACAGAUCACGAUGAAUUUAAAAGCGAGAUCAUCGACGAGAAUACUAUUAAUGUGAAAUUAGAAACGAAUGAUAUUAAAAAUGAUGAUACAGAUUUAAACAAUCAAGGUUUAGUAGAUCUUGAGGACACAUCUUUGUCAUCAGCAGACGAUGACAAAGAUGACGACGAAAUAUUAACGCACACAAAUGAUUUUCUAUUGAAUACAUCCAAUAAAGUAGUAGACAGUUUAAAUAGGGAUAGGGAUACAGCACGAGCGAAGGCACUUAACAUGUGGGGCUUAGAUAAGUGCGAUCCAGACACUUCAACAUGUAAAAUUUGUAAUAAAGUAUUAGUGAACACGAAUUCAUUAGUGCGGCACAUGGAAAUCCAUAAUGAAAAUAGAAAAUUUAAUGUAGUUUGUAAAAUUUGUAAUAAAGGUUUUUAUGAAACGGGACAUUUAACGAAACAUAUGUUACGGCAUAAAGGCGAAGCCAGAUAUAAAUGUGAAAAAUGUCCGAAAAUGUUUUAUGAAUUAAGUGCAUUAGGUAUCCAUUUAAAACGUCGCCAUAAAGUAAAACCAUCGGUAUGUGGUGAAUGUGGUAAAUCGUUUCUAGUAAAAUUACAAUUAGAGAAUCACAUGAGAGCUGCACAUGGUGAACAAAAGAAGUUUGUUUGCUCGGAAUGUGGUAAAGCGUAUCAUCAAGAAAGUUUGUUACGUAAACAUCAAACGGCGCACACAAAUCAACGAUUGUUUCAUUGUUUGCAAUGUGAUAAAUCGUAUAAAGAUAAACCGAAUUUGGCCAAACAUAUUAAACGGGCACAUUUAUCUGAAACAAAACGUGAAGUUUGUACGAUCUGUGGCAAGUCUAUUAUUAAUUUACAGAAACAUUUAGCGUAUGUGCAUGGCGACGAACAUGUUAAAUGUACAGAAUGCUCCAAAGAAUUUACAUCAACAUUUUGUUUAAAUGAUCAUAUCAAGAAGAAACAUCGUAAAUCGGAUGCACCACGAAAAAAACCAUAUUUGUGUAGUGAUUGUGGUUAUACGUGCGAAGGCAAAUCAUCAUUAAAAACACAUUACGAACAAAAACAUACACAAGUACGUGCAUAUAAAUGUACAAUAUGUACAAAAUGUUUUAAAACACGUGGCGAAUUAACAAAACAUAUACGUUAUACACAUAAUUAUGAUCCACAUACGGCGAAUACACAUGCUUGCGAUCAAUGUACGAAAACGUUUAAAACAAAAAGUGCGUUACAAUAUCAUGUACGAUACACGCACAGUGAUGAGAAACAAUUUAUAUGUACCGGAUGUACCAAACAAUUUAAAACUAAAGGUACAUUAAAAAUACAUAUGCGUACGCACACAGGAGAGAGACCGUUUGAAUGUAAAUAUUGUGGUAAAACAUUUGGACAGGGGAGUACAUUAAAAACACACAUGAAAGUACAUGGUGGUGGUGCUGGUAAUGGUACAGGAAGUACAAACUCGACUAAUGAUGUUGGUAAUAUUAUUUGUAACACAAGCAACGAAACAAAUAAUACAACAACAAUGCAAGUUAUAAUGGAAGCACAACAGACUCAGGCAGCAGCAUCUAUUCAAGUUGAAUCGUUGGUAACGACAUCUGUGGUAGCUGCUGGUACAACAACAAUAGUGACACCUAUAGAGAAACAUUCAAAUACAACGGACAACGAUGAUGAACAUGUUGAAAAAUUUCAAACUUGUACGGGCUUACAGAUUUCCGUUGAUGAUGCAUUACCACAUUUAAUUUGUGACGAGUGUCAAAAUCAAAUAAUAAAAUCGUAUGAUUUUAAAGCGUCUUGCUUAAAUAAUGAUGAAAUUUUACAACAAAUUUUAAUCGAACAAAGUGAAGAAAAUGAUUCAUCUUCAGAUGAAAAACCUACAUCAAUUUUCGAUGAAAAUAAUGAUGAAAGUGAAAUCAAAUCAGAUGAUGAUCAACAACUUGAAGUUGAAGAUAAUAGUAGUCCACCAUCAGACCAUGAAGAACCAACUGUAAAAUGUGAAAUAUGUGGAAAAUUAACAAAAAAACGUACAUACGAUUCACAUUUACGUCGUCAUGAAAAACCGAUAAAAUACAAAUGUGAUUUAUGCGACAAAGCAUAUCGACAACCAUGUGAACUAGCCACACAUAAAGAACGUACACAUGGUACAGUGUGUACAAUAAAAUGUACAGUAUGUAACAGAGUGUUUCAAUUACAAGCACAAUUAGAUUUUCAUUUACGUAGACAUUUUAAAAAGAAAUACACGUGUGAUAUUUGUUCAAAAGAUUUUAUUAAAAGUACAAUGUUGGCGAGACACAAAGAGAUUCAUGGCUCACAACGCACCAAAUAUUGUUGUACACAGUGUGAUGCAUCAUUCUUACAAGAAGUGUCAUUGAAACGUCAUGUGGCUAAUCGUCAUACUGAUACACCGAUCCAAAAGAAAAUUUGUAAUAUAUGUGGUUUAGCUGUCGUUAAUUUACGACCGCAUUUAUUAUUAAAACAUACAACCGGACCACAAUUUAAAUGUGAGCAAUGUGAUCGAGCCUUUUUAUAUCGCAGCCAAUGGAUGAAUCAUAUUAAAGAGAAACAUGAAGGUGUUCCCAAACAGAAGAACGCAUUAUGUAUUACAUGCGGUAAAGGUUUCCCAAGUCAAGGAUACCUGCGUAAACAUUUUAGUACACAUUCGGAUGCACGUAAUUUUAAAUGUCACUUAUGUCCAAAGCGUUACAAAAAAUCGGAUCAUUUAAAGGUACAUUUACGUGUACAUGCUGGUCUACGUCCACAUGUUUGUACAGUAUGUUCCAAAGCAUUCCAUACCAGUACAAUAUUAAAGAAUCAUAUUCGAACGCAUACGGGAGAGAAACCAUUCGCAUGUCAUGUGUGUAAUCGUGCGUUUGCACAUAAAGCUGUAUUGAUUACGCAUAUGAAGAAUAUACAUAAUGGAUCAGCAUAAUUAAAUCGAUGAAACUUGCAAAUUGCCAUUCCUACCAGGCAGUAAGGCAGCGGGAAACCAAAAGAAGGAGAAGUGUAUAAUAUUCCAUUUUUAUUAAGUUUUAUUAAUCCGGUAACUGAAAGUACGGGGUGGUUUGCGUCAAAUCCGGUAGUUAUUAUAACCCUAAAGGACUAGUUUUUGAUGGUAUCUUUUUCAUGAUGUUUUUAAAAUAGACUAAAUUUG